AAAGGUAUUUAUCGAAAAGCCCUGAAUAAAAGGCUCCACACACUCACACACAAGCACACACGCGCUCACACACACAGAGAAUUCCUCUUGCCUGUUGAUUUAUGGAAACAAUUAUGAUUCUGCUGGAGAAUUUCUCAGCUGAGAAAUAGUUUGUAGCUACAGUAGAGAGGCUCAAGUUGCACAAGGCAGACAACAGACAUGGAAUUCUUGUGUAUCCAGCUGUUAUCACCAGAACAAAAGGCAAGUGGCAAACAGCGUUACAGCAACUGAGCUUAUUAUAAACCUGUUUUUAUAAGGAUAUACAAACAGUUAUUUAAGGAGGAAUCCUGUAUUGUUAUCAGGAGCUAAAAGGAUAAGGCUAACAGUUUGGAAAGAGCAACUACUCUUUCUUAAAUCAAUCUACAAUUCACAGAUAAGAAGAGGUCAAUGACCUAGGAGCAACAAUCAACUCAAGAUUUAAUUUUCAUUAUGUUAUUCAUGAACACCCGGAGCACUACACUAUAAUGCGCAAAUGGAUACUGACAUGGAUCCUGCCAACUUUGCUCUACAGAUCAUGCUUUCACAUUAUCUGUCUAGUGGGCACUAUAUCUUUAGCUUGCAAUGACAUGACUCCAGAGCAAAUGGCUGCAAAUGUGAACUGUUCCAGCCCUGAGCGACAUACAAGAAGCUAUGAUUACAUGGAAGGAGGGGAUAUAAGAGUGAGAAGACUCUUCUGCCGAACACAGUGGUAUCUGAGGAUUGACAAACGAGGUAAAGUCAAAGGGACCCAAGAGAUGAAGAACAAUUACAAUAUCAUGGAAAUCAGGACAGUGGCAGUUGGAGUUGUGGCAAUCAAAGGGGUGGAAAGUGAAUACUAUCUUGCAAUGAACAAGGAUGGAAAACUCUAUACAAAGAAAGAAUGCAAUGAAGAUUGCAACUUCAAAGAAUUAAUUCUGGAAAACCAUUACAACACAUACGCAUCAGCUAAAUGGACACACAAUGGAGGAGAAAUGUUUGUUGCCUUAAAUCAAAAGGGGGUUCCUGUCAGAGGGAAAAAAACGAAGAAAGAACAAAAAACAGCCCACUUUCUUCCUAUGGCAAUAACCUAAUCAUAUAUGGUAUAUAAGAAACCAGUUCCAGCAGGGAGAUUUCUUUAAGUGGACUGUUUUCUUUCUUUUUCUCUUUUCUUUCCUUUUUUUUUUUUUUUAAAGUAACCAAGAAAGGCUGGAAAACUACUGAAAAACUGAUCAAGCUGGACUUGCGCAUUUAUGUUUAUUUUAAGAGACUGCAUUUAAGGAAAGAUUUGAAAAAUAUACACAAAAAUCAGAUUUAGUAACUAAAAGUUGUAAAAAAUUGUAAAACUGGUUGUACAAUCAUGAUGUUAGUAAUGUUUUUUUCUUAAAUUAAUUUACCCUUAAGAGUGUGUUAGAUUUGAUUAUCUGAUGUUUAUUUAAAUAUUCCUAUCUGCUUAUAAAGUGGCUGCUAUAAUAAUAAUAAUGCAGAUGAUGCUAUAUAAGAUAUGUCAGACCCAAGGGCUACUGGCAUGAUUUGCCAGAUAAUCAAGCCAACACUAACUAUGGAAAAUGAGCAGUAUUUGAAAUGCUUUCUAGUGAAAAAUUAUAAUCCACUUAACCUCUAAUCAGAAAAGGACUAGUCUAAAAAUUUCUAUUAAGAAAUUCAAUCAGAUAGGUAGUUUUGCAGAAUUAUAGGAUUAUAACAUGCUUUACCUGUUAACAAAAUUCUUAAUGCUGCUCAAAUUAAAAGGGUAUUGCUAAAAGGAUAUUUUCAAAAAUCUUGUAUAUAAAAUACCAAUAACAAUGAUACAAUGAUAAUACUGUACUUUCAUCUCACAUGCCACAAAAUAACAUUUUAUAAUCCCUAAAAGUAAAAUUCAGAAAUCUUUACAUUUUUUUUGAGAAACAUAAUCUAUCUUUUGUAUAAUUCAUAUUUGGAAAUAUGGCUUCUAAUAAUGUUCUUCCCACAAAUAAUCAUGCUUUUUUUCCUGUGGUUACAGCAUUAAACUCUAUUUUAAGUUGUAUUUGAACUUUAUUGUUUUGUUAUUUAAGUUUAUGUUAUUUAUAAAAAAAACUUAAUAAGCUG